UAGCUAACAUACCAUCUGUUGUUAAAAAAGAGCUGCUUUGAUCCGGUGUAACGUUUUUGAUUGUACCCAAUAUUUCAGUGUUCCUUACAAUGCAAGACGAGUUAACCGUCAUGACAUUGCGUAUAAAAAAAUGAUGGCCAGUCAACAACUGUUUUGCGUCCUCGUCGGCAGUGGUCUGCGGAGUAACCAUCCCAUCCUCCAACGGCAACGAUGAGCAACGUCAGAACUCUGUGAUGGAGAUUGCAACUAUUUGCGCUUAUCAAGUUUUCUGCACGUGGCGUUAUGGCAUCGCCUAUAUCGGCUUCUUCGGCAUGUUUCUGAUGUAUGCAAUGAGAUUGAAUCUCAGCCUCGGUAUCGUGUGCAUGGUGAAGAGAUCAACCAAUAGGGAGUCGUCAAAUUUGACACUGACCAAUCAGACUACGCCGUCGUAUUUGAAUUUAAAUGUUACACCAACAGAUGGCAUUGUCGAGGACCAGUGUUUGGCAUCGAUAAGGUCUGACUCGGAUAUAGAAGGGACAUUCGAAUGGCCACGGUCCCUCCAAGGCACCAUGCUGAGCGCCUACUUCUACGGGUAUAUCGUCACCCAGAUUCCAGGCGGAUGGCUGGCGAAGCGAUUCGGUGCGAAAAUGAUACUAUUCCUCGGGCUAACUGUGUCGGCAGCAGGCACCUUCCUUACCCCCUUGGCGGCAAGGACCAGCAUGUAUUUUGUGAUUGCCAUAAGGGUUGUUGUUGGGAUCGGAUCGGGUGUCAUGUUCCCCUGCUGCCAUCAGUUGUGGGCCCACUGGGCGCCAGUCUUCGAGAGAACCAAGCUAGUCUCGCUGAGCUACUCCGGGACCAUCUUUGGCAACAUCGUCACAUAUUUCCUUUCAGGUUAUCUCUGUGUGUAUGGGUUUGAUGGAGGAUGGCCGUCUAUUUUCUACAUAUCUGGAAUAGCAGAGGUAGUGUGGCUGGCCAUAUGGUUAGGACUUGUUUAUAACUCACCGAGUGAGCACCCCUGUAUAUCCGAGGACGAGAAAGACUAUAUCAUAGACAACAUUGGCGACUCAGUGGCAAAGACGAGUCAACGUGUACCAUGGCUUAAGUUUGCCACCUCAAUGCCUCUGAUUGCCAUAAUAGUUGCCCACGUGUGUAACAACUACGUCCAGUAUACGCUGAUGACAUGCCUGCCGACUUAUAUGAAAGAUGUCUUGAAGUUUGACAUGAAGCAAAACGGUUUGUUUUCCUCGUUGCCCUAUGUCACCAUGCUCAUAUGCGCCAUCAUAUUCGGCCAGCUUGCCGAUUGCCUCCGAGACAGGGGGAUCCGAACAGUCAUUGUGAGGAAGGUUUAUCAAUUCCUAGCCUUCGUGCUCCCCGCCAUCUUUCUGAUCGCCGCAAGCUUCGUCGAUUGCGAGAGGCGGAUGGUAGCAGUGGGCCUACUCAUAACAGCCGUUGCGUGCUCGUCCUUGAACAGGUCGGGGUAUGUAGUUAAUCAUCUAGAUAUUGCGCCAAGAUACGGUGGAAUACUCUUUGGAAUCACUAACACCUUCGCUACUAUUCCUGGGAUGACCGCACCGAUUGCUGUAGGACAACUCACGAGUAACGGUACCCGUGAAGAAUGGCAGGUCGUCUUCUACAUAUGCGCCGGCGUGGCGAUAUUUGGGGCCAUCUUUUAUUCCAUCUUCGCUGACGGAAAGGAGCAGUCAUGGGCUCGAGAUCAAAGGUCAGAACAGGAAAUCAGUAUGAUGGAAAAAUAAGAUAAAAAGAAAUAACCUCCGUCAGUCAAUAAAAUCCUGUCCAUCAAGGAUAAUAUCGGACUUUUGUCGGAUAAAUCAGGAAAAGGCUAGAGAAACGGUUAAGGAGGCGGAAAAAGCCUCCUACUAGUGAUACUAGUAAAACCGUUUUUUAUUUACGGGAGUGGAAGACACUAGUGUUUGAUAAUGCUGAUUUCUUUAGUUGUAAUUUUACAAGCUAAUCCGGUGGCCACUUGGAGACGAAAUCGAGAAAGAUAAGCGAUCCAAGUUAGGGCACUUGUGGCGUUUUGUUUCCAAACGAUGCACAUGUCGAGUAACAAAGACGAGGGUGGAGUGUUUCCCACGCAGCAGGAAUGUGGAUGAGGUUAGUUUCGGCAGGUAUAUUCAUAUAAAUAAUUGUCAAAUAAAGAAAUAUCCGACCUGACCUGUUUUUUAGCUCUUGAAAAAUCUUUGAUUUUUUUUCGGCUUAGCAAAUAAUAUGCACUCCGUAGAGGUUUUUCAGCGAAAUGAAAGGAGGUUUUUCACACUAAUCUCAAAAACCGUCUGGGGUUUUCCAUUUCACAAAAAUGCUCUACGGGGUGUACAUUUGUGUUGGUCGAAAAACCUCUAGUAGUUUUUAAAAACCUCAAAAACCCUUAUUUUGAAGAGUGUACAAGGCCAGUUGCAGCUUUUUAUUUCUUGUUCCUAUCAUUGCUGGAAUUCACUUGGUAAUUGGUACAUGGGAUACAUUUCCCAGCAUUGGUGAAAAUGAAUCGGGUUGAAUGUAGUACAUAUAACUAAAUGAAGGGUGUGUUUAUAUCUAUAAGUAAAUUGACCUUAUUAAAUAAAAGGGAGAGUACGUUAAGGGAAAUUCGAGGUAAUGAUCGAGGUAAUCUUAGACCCAACACCUAAGUGAUCUGCUAAUUUUUUGGUUACGUAGCCAGACCUGAUGAAUUGGAAAAUCACAGGCGAUAUUGACACAGAGGAACUCUGGAUCCAAAAUAUUGUUGUGAUGGCAAGCCGGAAUGUGCAAAGGAUAUUAUAAGUUUUCUCAACAUCUUCAUGUAGCACAAUCUCAUAUCAGUCGAUUAGUCUACGUAAGACCACAAGGAGAACGGGUAUGAUUUAUCAAUACUUUAUGGGGGAAAUAGGGACAUUGACCAAUAGAGGACUGGCGAAAGGUUGUUGGUCAAGCAGAAUGAAUUGUCGGAUGUUGUUGGUAAGGCC